AUGAAAACAUUUAAAAAAGCCUUCAUUUUCCUUCUUCAUAUUCUCCUUUUAAGUUCACAUCCAUUCGCACUGAAAGUUGUAUCAUCUAAAAGAAUAGAAGCAGAGGCUCUUGUAAGGUGGAAGAACACCUUAUCAUCUUAUGAUUCUCUUGAUUCAUGGGCUCCCAAUAAUAUCACGAACCUGUGUAGUUGGAAAGGGGUUGUAUGCAACACUGAGAUGUCACUUUAUGAGAUAUACUUGUCGGGUGUAGGCCUUAAUGGCACACUUGACCAACUCGAUUUUUCUUCAUUUACAAAUCUCACAAGUCUCAAAAUCUGUUGUAAUCAUUUCCAUGGGUUGAUUCCAUAUCAAAUUAGUGAUCUUCAAAACCUAGCUUAUCUUGAUUUGUCGUUUAACUCCUUUAUUGGUGAAAUUCCUGACUCACUAUUCACCAAUCUGAGAAAGCUCGAAUAUCUGAACCUUACUGGUAACUCAUUUCAGGGCUCCUUGCUAUCAAUUCUUACAAAGCUAACGAAAUUGAAAGGUAUUGGGUUAGCCUCGAACAACUUCUAUGGUUCAAUUCCAGAUAUUUUUGGUUUGAUGCCAAAUUUGGAAAUCCUUGAACUAACUUCAUUCGAAGAAAAGAUCCCAUCUUCUUUAGGCAAACUCAAGAAUCUUCAAUACCUUGAUCUCUCAAUCGAUAGCCCACUCAAUUCCACAAUUCCUUCUGAGAUUGGCCUAUGCACAAACCUUACCCAGUUGUUUUUAAGUGGGAGUUCACUUAUGGGAUCCCUACCUUUAUCCUUUACAAAUCUGACCAAAUUAUCUAUUUUAAUUAUUGCCAAUAGUAAUCUUUGUGGUCAUAUCCUGCCUUAUUUUCUCACAAAUUGGACCCAGUUGGUAGUAUUGGGGCUUCAAAACAAUUCUUUCACUGGGGAAAUACCAUCUGAAAUUGGUUUGUUGACAAAUCUAACUUAUCUUCAUUUGAGUGGUAAUAGAUUUUUCGGCUAUAUCCCUCAAGCGAUCGGAGGCUUGCAAAAAUUGUUCUCCCUAGACCUUUCAAUCAACUUACUUUCAGGUCAAAUACCUCCCAUGAUCGGGAAUUUAACAGAACUUGUACACCUGGAUAUCUCCUCCAACCAGCUCACAGGUAUGAUUUCACCUGAGAUUGGACGUUUGAAGUCACUCAUGGUUCUGGAUCUUAGUAUGAAUCAUUUAAGUGGACAUUUGCCUAAAAAUGCCUCUAAACUCAUUAAAGGAUUGGAAGUUUUGAAUUUGAAGAAGAAUCAUUUUCAUGGUACCAUUCCUAAAAUAUUUCCAAAGGGAUGUGAACUGUGGUAUUUGGACUUAAAUGGAAAUCAAUUGAAGGGGACAUUACCACACACAUUGGUCAAUUGUAGGAUGCUUGAAAUACUAGAUAUUGGAAACAAUAGCAUAAGUGGCACAUUCCCCUUUUGGAUGGAAACUCUUUUGGAGCUUCAAGUUCUUGUACUAAAGUCCAACAGAUUCCAUGGUAUUAUACCUAUUUUGAAGGUGAAACAUUCAUUUUCGAAGCUGCAAAUUCUUGACAUAUCCCAUAAUGAGUUCACUGGUGUUCUCCCGAUUGAAUUUUUGGAUAGUUUCAAAGUCAUGAUGAAUGAAAGUGAAACUAGAGAUAGAUACUAUGGUGCUCUUUCGACUAUUUUAUUGAAGGGGAUCGAGUAUGGAUUGAGGAGUAUCCGAAGAGCCUAUACAAGCAUCGAUCUAUCAAACAACAAAUUUCAAGGAGAUAUUCCAAGUUCUAUAGGAAAGCUCAAGGCCCUACACGCUCUAAACUUAGCUAAUAAUAGUUUCACAGGUCAUAUCCCAUCAUUGGAAAAUUUAACUUUACUUGAAUCAUUAGACCUUUGUUCAAAUCAAUUGGUAGGACACAUUCCUUGGCAAUUAACAAAGUUGACAUCUCUGGCAUUCCUUAACCUUUCAUACAAUCACCUUGUUGGUCCCAUACCUGAGCAAGGGCAACUUCUUACGUUUCCUAGCAGUUCAUAUAUUGGCAACCUAAAAUUAUGUGGAUUGCCAUUGACAACGAUGUGUGAAAAUGACGAACCGCUACCGAAGGUUCCAAUGUCAAUGACACAAAAAGAUGAUGAUUUCAAUUUCUUAGACGGAUUCACCUGGGAAGCUGUUCUUAUGGGGUAUGGAUGUGGAAUGUUAUUUGGAUUGGUCGCAGGAUAUUUAAUUUUUAAAUAUGAAAAACCUGAAUGGCUUAUAGGAUUUGUUUAUCAAGUUUACAGAAUAAAAGAUGGUCGGAGGUGGAGGUAG